CAAUCUCCAUCAUCGAUCUCAUUCUUCAGAUACUUUUUUUCUCUUUCUGCAAUCAGAUUUAGACUACUCUCAAAAAUCACACAACCCUUCAGAUUUCACCUCUUCUUCAUCCGAAUCUCACGAUUCUGCUUUCAAUUUCAAAUUCUUCUCAAUUUUUCAAACCCUUUCACUUGGUUAUGUGAUGAGUACACAUGCCAUGGAACGUGAUUUGAGUUGGAAGCAGUUUUAAGCCAAGUGGGUCAUCGAAAGUCGAUUCCUUUUUCUCUUUGGAAGAACUGGGUGCAAUUGCAAUGCAGUAGUAGUUUAGGGUUUUAUUUGGGGCUUUGAUUCAUUCACAAGGUGAAGGGAAAUUGAGGUUUGCCGUCAUGUUCUAUGGCGCGGUGGUAUGGGAUCCUUGGCUUAUUGUUGCUCAAAUUGUUUGCCUUCAAUGCUUGUACUACAUCACUCUUGGUCUGUUCUUCACCAUUCUUGUUGGAACUCGUGUAUCUAGGAUGAGCCUUGUGUAUUUCUUCGAUUUUGCUACACUCACUACUUCUACCAUUACUGGUUGGUGUGUCAUUGCUUCAUUUCUUCUCACCUCAAUUGCAGGGUCUGUGUAUAUGCUUUAUUUCAUUGAAAGGGCGAAGAAAUGCUUGGAUUUUUCAGCCACUCUCUACACCAUUCAUCUUUUUAUAUGCAUUGUUUAUGGGGGUUGGCCCUCUUCUAUAGCUUGGUGGGCUGUGAAUGUUGCUGGCUUUGCAGUGAUGGCUCUGCUAGGUGAAUAUCUCUGUAUCAGGCGUGAGCUCCGGGAGAUACCUAUUACGCGAUUUCGGUCAAUUGUUUGAUUGACAUAAAUAGCUUGAGUCUUGAAGUCAAGAAAAAGUUGUAUUGUGGGAUGGUACUGGAUGCUGUUUCUACAUGUUGGAUCAUCUCCAAGAUAGAUCCGAAGAAGUGCAUAACCAUUUAAAGAACCACAUUUUCAUUUGCGUACUGCAGUAGUUGCAGUAGAGUUGAAUAUUGAUAGCACGUCAAUACUAGUUAUACCAUUUUUCAGGAAAGUCUGAAGUCGUGUAAGUUGUUCACUGGUUCUUACUCUUUUCUUAUCCCACCCCUCUUACUUUCAAUUAAGGUUGUCCAUUUAGUUGAUGAAGUUUCUAUUCUUCUUAUCCUUUUGAGAGUUCUUAGAUCUGUUUAAAAUCUUGGAAAUAUAUGUUACUUAAGUGCCACCACUUGUAAUGGGGUUUUUAUGUCAGUAAGCAAAGCGGAUCUCUUUAACUUGCUUUUUAUAUCUGGAUUGAUCUAUACAUUUGUAAUUCUGUGGUUAUUCAUUGUAUAGUUUUGUUGGUAAUUUUGUUUUUUCACUAAAAUUUGCUAAAGUAGGAUGCUAAACAGUAAGUGGAAAUGUUUAUAUUAAAAGCACGUGCACAUUUCAUUGUU